AUGGUUUUCGGAUUCAAAGUCUACACCAAACGCAACACCCAUCUAAAAUGGAGGCAUGUUCCCCCCGAAAAACUGCAGCUCAAAACGCUGCGAGUGGCAAUUAUCGGUGGAACAGGAGGCAUUGGCCAGGGCCUUAGCCGCUUCUUGAGCUCCAAGGGCGCAGAGGUAACGGUGGUCGGUCGGACAUACCGGGAUGACGAUAUCACUGGCAUUAACUUUAUCGAGGCCAAUCUCGAACUGAUUUCGGAAGCGCAAAGAGUGGCGCAGGUGCUGCUCAAACAGCCCUAUGACUUGAUCAUCUUCUCCACGGGCAGUAUCGCAGCUUCCUCCCGCGAGGAAACGGUGGAGGGCCUGGAACGGGACAUGGCUGUCAGCUACCUCAACCGUUUGGUCAUGUUGCGCACCAUUUUACCUAAAAUCGAAAAUGCCGAUACGAACAUUGUGUCCAAGCCACGUAUAUUCAUCAUCGGGUACCCUGGCGCGGGUGUUUUGGGGAGCCCCGAUGACCUGAACUCCGAGCGUCACUACAGCGCUGUCCAUGCUCACAUGAACACCAUCGCAGGCAACGAAGCCUUGGUCUUUGAUUGUGCAAAGAGGUAUCCUGGCUUAAGCAUUUUCGGGCUCAAUCCGGGUUUCAUUCAGACCAGUCAUCGUGACAACCUCUUGGGCUCAGGAACGUGGAAGUCAAAACUUGUGGAGGGCUUCAUUGGGUAUUGGUUUCAAAGCGUAGAGGAAUACACCAAGCACAUAGCACCACUCCUCGUCACACCAGAUAUUGAGGGACACAGUCCAGCUUUUUUCAAUGCUAAGGGCCAAGCAAUAUAUUCGCAAGGCUUUACUCAACAUCACGUAGAGUGGAUCAUCCAGAGAUCCGAAGACCUUCUACACAAGGUGGGUAUCCAGUCAUUUUGA